AUGCGCCUAUCUGGGGCAUUUCUCUGCGCUUUCGCUGCAGCGAAUCUUGGGUCCUCCGAGCAUGAAUUCAACCGUCCGGACCUCUCAAAGAAGGAGCAAGACCAGCUCUCAUGUCUUCAGCUAGCUAGCCGAAGCGCUUCGGCAGAGGCAGACGUGGUGCAUGCUGCCCAGAAUCAGUCGGACGGCCAGUGGGUCUUCUGCGCUGCCCAAAAUCACGAAUGCACCUGUAGCGGUGCCGUGCGUUGGGGCAACUCAGGGCGUUGGAAGGUGCUUCCUGCGCCUUCCGAAGGUGCACAAACCGUUCGCUGCAGCUUAGACGAGUUGGGAGACCUAGAUCCCGGGCGACAACCUCACUGCGAGUGCUUCAUGACGCAAAAGGGGAUGGACUGGAGGAGUAUCAACCCCAUGCUCUUGACUGCCGAGGCCGCUGAUGCUGCUGGUGCGAAGGUGGUUGCCAGCUGCGAGAUGUUCCUGAAGGCUCAAGCAGAGCCGUGGGAGAGAGCUCAACGGAUGGCAAUGAGAGCUUUUUGCUCACCGGACUGGGACAAGUUGAAGGGAAGUGACUACAAGGCUGGACCCGAGGCUAUGGACCUGGAAAAGAUGCGCUCGCUCAUGGAAGCUCGGCUGGAUCCCCGCUUCGUGGACACUUACCUACAGUUUGCUGACUCGGAGGGCUGGAUAGCAAGGGCAUUCGUGAACUACUUCGCCUCCAGCCCUCACGGCGCAGUUGCCAACGAGACGAUUCAGCUCAUUCGCUCCAUUCACCUCUUCUCGAAGAAUCCGGUCGUCGCUGUGAACUUCGGGAUGGCGAUUCCCCUUGGACUGGAUCCGCAGCAGUUCCCGCGCUUGGUGCUCCUGCAUGCACGUCCUCUGCAAAGCGAGGGAAGGAGCUUUAACUUCAACAAGUUCCGGGGCUUCCUGCUGUCCAAGGUGAAGACCGGCGUGGGACUGGACUCCGACCAGUACGUUGCUCCCAUGGUGGACAACCUCUUCGAGAUGACGGAGCGGGAGAUCGAUGAGCAUUACCCCUUGCCCAUCAUGCCAGUACACUACCUGGACUGGAGCCCUGCGUGGAGCAAAGCCAGUUUCUGGUCGCGCGUGUGUCCUGUUAAGCAGCCCUGCACGUUCCAGACCAUGCGCUGGGGACAUGCUCACCCCACGUGGACGUACCACGCCCUCCCCUUCUUCGGCCGAUGGCUUCGGAAGAACUUCCGCGACGAGACGCUUCCGGAAGUCGAGGGGGUGGUUCCUGCCUUGAGGAUCCUUGAAGUACGCGAGGAUGAGGAUCUGAUGAACAUAGGUUUGUGGGAGGAGAGAGCGACCAAGCAGUGGUGCAAAUGGGACCUUCAGGAUCCAAAAGAGUUCGAGGCAUUCUACAAGUGGCAGAAGGGGCCCCAAGUGGAGUCAAAAAAUGUUAGGCCGGACCAGCGCUUCUACAAGCGCGGGGCCGUGAAGCUUUUCUACAGUGCCCACCAUGCAGUGCAUCCGAGCGAAUCGGAGCAGCACAUCACGCGCAUGCAUGACCA